AUGGCUGGUUUCUUACCCUCACGGGACAGUGUUCUGGAGCCCUGGUGUGUCCCUGUCCCUCUGGGGGUGCAGACGCCUGGAGACCAGAGGCAACAAAUCUCCCAGGGGUCCUGGUCCAGAGUGGCGGGUUGUCCAAAGCGGCAGCUGCUGUGGCGCCUGCUGCAGUGCAGGGCAGCGAGGGCUGUGGGUCCUCUGGCGCAGACGCUGAGGCAAACAGUCCCGGGGCCUGCCGCCCUGAGAGCCACUACUGUGUGGGGCCUGGCCGGGCCCAACCACCCGCUAACGGGGGAACUGCAAGGUCCGCCAUGGAGGGGCCCCAGUUCGGAGCUGGUUCCAGGACAGUGCUACGAUUGUACUCAGAGGGCGGGGUCCUGGCCCCAAACGCAAAAGCGGAGCGGUGGUCAAACUUCAGUGUCCUUGGUUGGCAAGUGGGAGUGGCACCUGCUUCCCAUACCUGGCCAACUGCGGCUGCUGCGCCCUCCCCGCUGUGAGGCCAGGUUACUGCGCCCAGACCAGAGGCUCGGCGAGGGGCCUGAGGCUGUGUCCCCAGGAUCCACCCUGCAUCAGCCACAGCUGGGUCCAGGCGAUAAUCCAUUCCCAGAGGCACUACCUGGCAGGGUCAUCAGCCAGGGACACGCUUGGCAAUCGAGGACUCUCAUUCAUUGCCAGGGAUCUAAGAGCUGGGUGCUGUGUUGCCUCAUUUUGCAGAAGAGGAGAUGGAAGUCUCUGGAUACACAGCUGCCCCAAGAGAAGGGCCAGCUACUAGCCCAGGCGCCAGACUCCAGAACUGUGCCACCAGCCGCUGGAGUUGACUCAAGUACUGGAGGGAGGGUGCCCGUGCCCUUUUCUGGGAGGCACAGGAUUUCCCAUGGACUCCACAAAGCAGGCCUGGGCAGUCACAGGUCCUGGUCCCUGCUUCCUUUGGAGUGAGACUUGCCAGCACCCAUAAUGGCAGUGGCGGCUUGUCCAAAGCGGCAGCUGCCAUGGCACCAGCUGCAGCAAGGUGAGGGCGAAGGCGCUGAGGCAAACAGUCCCGGGGCCUGCCGCCCUGGGAGCCAUUACUGUGUGGCCUGGCCGGGCUCAUUUAACCACUGGAAGGGGAACUGCAAGGUCCUCCACAGAGGGGCCCCAGUGAGGAGCUGGGCCCAGGACAGUGCCUUGAUUGUGCUAGGAGCGUGGGGUCCGCACCCCAAAUGCAAAGGCGAAGUGGUGACUGAGCUUCAGCGGCCUGGGGUGGGAAGUGGGAGUGGCGCCCGCUUCCUGGACCGGCCAGCGAAAUGGCAGCUGCUGGCUCCCUGCCGGGUGUCAGUUUUCUGUGCCCACGAUGGAGGCUCAGUGAGGGGCCACCCGAGGCUGCAUCCCCAGGAUCCACUCCAUGUCGGAGUGUGGCGGCUGGCCGGGUCCGGUCCACAAUUGGUUCCCAGAGGCGCUACCUGGCAGAGUUGCCAGCCAGGCUUGGGAAAGCGCUGGCCACAGCGGGGAACUUGCAGGGAUGUCGCGUCCUUUCUGGACACCACCCCGGCCCAGCAAGGGCUUGGAGAACUGUUCCAGGCUGUAAGGCGGCAGAGAGGGCAGCGGGGGCGGCUGUGGGAACCACGAUGGCAGCAGUGGGCCCCAUGUUGCCAAGGCAGCUGACUAUACCACUUCCGCCCUCGCACUACCUGGAAGGAUCCGCUCCCAGGCCCUGAGCUUCUGCUGCAGUCUUGGCCUCACUCCCUGCCUUGCUUCAGGGGCUCCCAAGCACUCGCCAAGAAGCAGUCGGCAUUCUGAGGACUGGCCCUGAGAGCGGCGGGUUUGUGCGGGAUUGGCCAGGUCCACCAUGCCACCUGCACCUCCCUCACUGCCACUGCGGGAAGAUGCAGAGAAGGUGCACGGGCUGGCACUGUGCAUUCUGCAGUGCCAGAGACAGGCCCAUACCCUAUGGACCAAUCAGCAAGCAUUUCCUCACCUCUGAGGUCCAUACAAGCUCAAAGCUUAGCCAGAGCAGGGCAGAGGACUGAGAUGACUGGAUGACUGGCUGCAGAGAGGCGCCACACACUCCAGGGCCACCUCUUUGCUGAGAGCUGAUCACUGGAGGAGAGGACCUGCCUACAGAGAGGAGCUGCCCCUGGGGACCUCCUCUGAGCUGUCCUAACACUCAGUAAAGUUUAUCUUCAUUUUGCUCACCCUCCACUUCUCUGUGUAUCUUACUCUUCAUGGACACAGGACAAGAAUUUGGGCAAAGAUGCCACCAGCCGCAGAGGUUUAUGGCCAAAACACGGUACCCUAAAUACACUAUAACACCCACAAAGACAGAGGCCACCCCUCCCCAGGUUGGUAGACCUCAGGCUGUCCAAGUUGCAUCUGACUGGGGCCCUCUUGGGUUCU